UGCAAAUGAAAGGGAGAGAAAUCUCACCCCUGCUAAACACACAUUCCUGUUUCGACAUGAAGUGUACACCCCUUUGUGUAUACUCGCCAUUGUGACGAAAUUAAACUGAUCGCGAAUAUUUGUGUUUAUGUCAGUACUAAAGGAGUUUCAUGCGGGUUUUGUGUACCUGGGGUGAAGUAUAAACAGACAGAUGCGGUGGUUAUCGUUCUUAGCGUAGUUAAGAGCAGACUGACUUGCAACGCAUACCACUAACCUUAAUUGUCUGCAAGCGAACAACUAAAAAGCUACCUUUACAAGCCGCUCCCACUUACAACAAUUGCGAGUCAGGGACAACAACGCGACUGACCAUGUGAACCAGACCAUUUCUGCAACAUCGGUUACUUUGUGAAUAAGAUUUGCUGUCGUCGGAUGAAGAACAUUAUUAGCUGUCGAUUUGCACGUGGCCAGCAAGGCAUCUAAGUGUUAGCAGAAAGCAAAUGACGGGAAGAGCACGGGGAAAGGCUAGGGGCCGUGCACGGGGUACUGCUGACGAACCAGCUCAGAGGCCAGGCGAGGCGGUUGAACCCACUCAACUUCCGCCAGCGGCAUAUGCUGCACCGGUAUAUACUGACAAUGGCCAUGGCGGUCAACCCCAGGCCAGUGGUAGAGCAGCAUACCGAGGCGGUGCGCGUGAGCCGCGACCUGGUACGGCGGGAGUUGAUAUAUAUACGAGGGCCCCUGCAGAGGAAAUGGCCCAGCUCAGGCUAGGAGGAGGCGGACCGGAAGUGGGUGAAGGGAGACCGCCACCGGGUAUGGCGGGUGUUGAUAUAUAUAAUAGGAGCCCAGCAGAGGCAGGGGGCGGACGGGGAGGGGGAGUGGGUGAAGGGAGACCAGAUAGAAGGAGGAGGUUUGAAGAACCAUCCACUAGACCUGCCCAUGUAACGGACAAGAGUGGUACUUCCGGGCAGCCGAUACCCCUGAAGGCUAACUACUUCCGGUUGGAGCAGGCACCAGACUGGCAUCUCUACCAGUAUCACGUGGACUUCAAGCCAGAUGUAGACUCCAAGCGUUUGAGGAUUGGCCUCCUGUAUUCACAUGAAGAACUUUUGGGUCCAACAAAGGCCUUUGAUGGGAUGACUCUGUACCUGCCCCAUAGACUACAAAACACUGUGACGGAGGUGGUCUCGGAAAGAAAAACUGAUGGCACCGUUGUACAAGUGAUUAUCAAACUGACCAAUGAGCUGCCUCCAAACUCCCCGCAGUGUAUCCAGGUGUACAACAUUAUCUUUAGACGUGUGCUGGCCAUGAUUGAAAUGAAACAGAUUGGCCGUAACUACUACAAUCCAGCACAGAAAGUAGACAUACCACAACACAAGUUAACUGUCAUGCCAGGAUUCAUCACUUCCAUACUGCAGUACGAGUCAAACGUCCUCCUAUCCUGCGACAUCUCACACAAGAUUCUCCGCAGUGACACAGUGCUAGACAUCAUGUACGACCUGUACAACCGACUGGGGGAUCGCUUCUACGAUGAAUGCACACGGAGACUUGUUGGCAGCAUUGUUUUGACCACGUACAACAACAAGACAUACAGAGUGGAUGAUAUCAUGUGGGAUAUUCAUCCAACCGACACAUUUGAGUUAAAAGACAAAUCCAGAAUCUCCUACAAAGAUUACUACCAAAAGAAUUAUGGCAAAACAAUCAGCGAUGAUAAACAACCUCUUCUGGCAUCCAAACCCAAACCGAAGGACAUUCGCAGGGGACAGAAGGAAAUCAUGUACUUUGUGCCGGAGUUAUGCACACUCACCGGCUUGUCGGAGGAAGUCAGGGCUGACUUCAACGUGAUGAAGGACGUGGCAGUUCAUACUCGAGUGGCGCCAAAUAACAGGGAGAAAACUCUCACUGACUUCAUUAAACAGAUCAACACGAACGGUGGAGUUAGAGAGUAUAUGGGAGGCUGGAAUCUGCAUUUUGCUGACUCCCCAGUGACUAUUAAUGCUCGUGUAAUGCCGCAAGAGAAAAUAUUCCAGCAAGAUUGCCAGUUGCAAUACAGACAGGAAGAGGCUGAUUGGAGUAGAGACAUGCGAGGCAAACGUCUCAUCACGCCAGUCAACCUUCAGAACUGGGUCGUCAUCUACUUCCGGCGCAACGAGCAGCAGGCGCAAGAGUUUGUGCAGACCCUGUCGCGGGUUGGACCGCCGAUGGGCAUGAUGAUCGCUGGGCCAAUACCUGUAGAGUUGAGUGAUGACCGCAAUGAUUCCUACCUGUCGGCCAUUAGACAGAAUCUAACCCCACAAACGCAGAUGGUCAUGUGUAUUGUGCCGACCAACAAGAAGGACCGAUAUGACGCCAUCAAGAAGUUAUGUUGUGUUGAACAUCCAGUGCCCAGUCAGGUGAUCGUGUCUCGCACACUCAGCAAGAAACAGAUGAUGAUGUCAGUCGCCACAAAGGUCGCCAUUCAGCUCAACUGCAAGAUGGGCGGGGAAAUCUGGUCCUUGGAAAUUCCGUUGAAGAACAUGAUGGUGGUAGGGAUCGACACCUACCAUGACUCAGCCAAGAAGGGCCGCUCUGUUGGUGGUGUGAUUGCCUCCAUGAACCCCGCCCUGACCAGGUACUACUCCCGCUGCACGUUCCAGCAUACCUUCCAGGAGCUACAGGACGGUCUCAAGGUGUGCUUUAAAGGUGCUUUGGAAAAGUAUCACGAAGUGAACAAAUGCUUACCCGAACGCAUUGUCGUGUACAGAGAUGGUGUGGGAGAUGGGCAACUCAGCGCAGUCUAUGAUCAUGAGCUGCCACAGAUGUUGGAGGCAUUCAAGGCGGUUGGCGGCCACAACUACACGCCCCGUGUGGCAAUGGUAAUAGUGAAGAAGAGGAUCAACUCUCGGUUCUUUGCCCGCGCUGGACAAGGUGUGGGUAAUCCCCCGCCUGGCACCGUCAUUGAUAACACUGUCACCAAGCCUGAAUGGUAUGACUUCUUUGUGGUGUCCCAGUCGGUCCGUCAGGGCACUGUCACUCCGACCCACUACAACAUCAUCCAUGACACCACAGUUCUCAAACCUGACCACAUGCAGCGACUCACCUACAAGUUGUGUCAUCUCUACUACAACUGGCCGGGUACAAUCCGUGUACCGGCCCCCUGCCAGUACGCACACAAGUUAGCCUUCUUAGUGGGACAGUCCAUUCACAGGGACCCAGCCAUUGAGCUGUCGGACAAACUGUACUUCCUGUAGAGUACUUUACACUUGAACACUAAAAUUGUGCUGAGCCAAGCAGCUCGGUACACGAGUCAUGGUGUAACCGGGAGACCAGGACAAAAAUUAAUAAACAGAUCAAAUCUAACAUGAAAGGUCAUCUUAUCACUUGGAUUAUUGAUAUUUAUAGAAUUAUACCGCUAAUAUUCGGCAAAGCUAUUGAUAGCAUUUUACAACCUGAGAAUAACAACUACAGACUGAACCAUUUGUAGCUGAUGAAGCAAACAAUACUCUAUAUAGAGCUAGUAUAAAUAUAUACAGACAGUAGAUGAGGACAUUCCACAUUUCAUGUGUCUGCAGGGCUGCACAGCUGAAAUAAAUUAUGCAUAUGAAAGUCCUUUGAUAAUAAAUAUUCAGGAAAAACAAAUGUGAUAUUAGGACAAACAAAUGGGAGUAUAAACAAAAAGCUAGGAUUUGGUGCACAUUAGAUGCAUUUGUGUUUGAAAAAUUGCUAGCGUAAAUUUAUUAAUAUUGAUCUCGGAAAGUGCCGUAUUACAACAAGCAAUACAUUUCUGUAUAUAACAUAUAAAGUCAUGAGCACAUAAUUUAGACAAUUAUGUUUUUGUGUGGAAACUUUUAAAAUUUGUGUUAUGUUCAUAUUCAUUAUAAUAUUUAUAUCAUUUUCAUUAAUAUAUUAUCUGAGCUGAAAAUGGAUGAUGAGGGGAAGUUCCAAAAAGACAGCAGGAAUGAGUAAAAAGACCCUGGUAACACUAAUGGUGUGUGUGUCACACAAACGGAAACAGAAUUGGAAGUGAAUAUUAAAGCAUGGUGUGCUUCGAUUGAAUAUCCGAAGGAAAACAAGCCACCCACUGUCGUUGUUCUAGAUAAAAGCAAAGUGACAUGGGAGCAUGGGCAAUAUCAAGAGAUGUGCAUCAGAAGGAUGGAGAGGGAAAGAAUGCAACUGUGGGCGAAGGCAGCUCGGGAAUCAUUUUUCUUAUCUUAGAUGAAAAAGUUCAACAUGCGAUGAAAUCAGUGGACUUAUGUUCUGACUCAUCAUGUUCCUUUUCGCCGGACGAGGUUCGUUGCUGGUUCCAUCUUAAUGAUUCUGGGAAUGUGCCAAAACUGUAUAUGAUAUGAAGAAAGGGAAAAGAACAUUCUAUUACAUAUGGAGGUUCUUGAGCCAGCCAAGACUAUGGACAGUAUUUUAAAAGCAGUUAAAGAAGAAGUUAAGAAAAAAACCAGGUAUUCGAAACAAGUGAAAUUAUUUUCACUGUGCUUCCUCAAGAAGGCUCUAGAGGGAAUACGUGUGUUGCACAACCAAAGAUGGGUACAUACUGAUUCACGAUGGAAACUUCAUGUUGAAGAACGACAUGACUGUCAAAUUUAUAGACUCCGGCCAAGCCCGCAGACUGACGGCGAGUGACCCUUUGAGAUCCAGAAUUUCAAGACGAAACAGCUGAUGACAUAGCCGGAGUACUGAUAAUGUUCUUCAGACUCUUCAUCGGGGAUAUGAUUGCAGACCGUCAGGAAAUGGAGCAAAUAAUUAUAUUCCAAAUAUAUAAAAGAGAAGAUUUAAGAACCAGACUUCACAAAAGUUGAAAUAAAAAUGUUGAAGAACAUAAUGGAAACAGCUUUGAAGACUCAUCCAGAUAUUAAGGAAUUCAAAGAUAUGGUUCAACAAAUCCUAGACAAAGCACUUGUGGCUGCGGGCAAGAAAUUGCAUCAUAUUUUGGAAACAAUGAAGGCAUUAUUAUUCCUGGAAACAUUAAUUGACAUGCACAAACAGCCACAGGUUGAUCAGCAACAAAACCUUAUCCAAUAUGGUCAGUCGUCAGUCGAGGACCAACACUCUGAGCUCAAGUCUGAGGCCCCGCCCGGGGAUGAGACCAUCCAGGAAGAGAAACCAGACGUUGUAGAUCUCAAGAAGAAGGGAGUUGCUGACGUUGCUGAGGUUGUUCAGCUGCAGGACCAUAUCCAAGAGAGAAACCAGACGUUGUAGAUCUCAAGAAGAAGGGAGUUGCUGCCGUUGCUGAGGUUGUUCAGCUGCAGGACCAUAUCCAAGAGAGAAACCAGACGUUGUAGAUCUCAAGAAGAAGGGAGUUGCUGCCGUUGCUGAGGUUGUUCAGCUGCAGGACCAUAUCCAAGACGGUCAGUUGUCUAGCAAGUUCCAAGUCUCCGAUCUCCAGUCUAAGCUUGCGCGCAGGGAUGAGACCAUCCAGAAACUGGAACAUGACGCCAAUCUUCAAGAACAGAAUUAUUCCGGAGAAAGUAUGGGUGCCUCUUCAGAACAAAGUUUCCUUAAUGUAGACGCCAUCGUUACGAAGGAUAAACUCGACUAAAUCCAGAAAACAUUUAGCAACACGCUAAGCAUGGAAUAGUGUUUUAUCACAUAUAUAUAUAUUUUCUUUUUUUGAUUAUAUUAAUAUAUAUAUUUGUAAUAAUAUUUGGUGUAUUGUAUAUAUUGUAAUUAUUUUUAGCUCACCUGAGCACAACGUGCUCAUGGUGAGGUUUUGUGAUCGCCUUUUGUCUGUUGUGCGGCGUGCGUUGUGCGGCGUCAACAUUUGCCUUGUUAAACUCUCAAGAGGCCACAUUUAUUGUCCAAUCUUCAUGAAAUUUGGUCAGAAGAUUGGUCUCAAUGAUAUCUUGGAUGAGUUUGAAAAUGGUUACGUUUGCUUGAAAAACAUGGCUGCCAAGGAGCAGGACAUUUUUCCUUAUAUGGCUAUAGUAAAAUCUUGUUAACACUCUAGAGGCCACAUUUAUUGUCGGAUCUUCAUGAAACUUGGUCAGAAGAUUCAUCCCAAUAAUAUCUUGGACGAGUUCGAAAAUUAUGCCGGUUGGUUGAAAAACAUUGCCGCUAGGGGGCGGGGCAUUUUUCCUUAUAUGGCUAUUGUAAAACCUUGUUAACACUCUUAGAGGCCACAUUUAUUUUCAGAUCUUCACGAAACUUGCUCUGAAGAUUUGUCCCAAUGAUAUCUUGGAUGAGUUCAAAAAUGGUAACCUUUGCUUGAAAAACAUGGCUGCCAAGGGGCGGGGCAUUUUUCCUUAUAUGGCUAUAUACGGCUUUAGUAAAAUCUUGUUAAGACUUUAGAAGCCACAUUUAUUGUCCUAUCUUCAUGAAUCUUGGUCAGAAGAUUCAUCCAAAUAAUAUCAUGGACGAGUUUGAAAAUGAUGCCGGUUGGUUUAAAAACAAUGCCACCAGGAGGCGGGGCAUUUUUCCUUAUAUGGCUAUAGUAAAACCUUGUUAACACUCUAGAUGCCACAUUUAUUGUCCAAUCGUGAUGAAAUAUGGUCAGAAGAUUUGUCUUAAUGAUAUCUUGGAUGUGUUCGAAAAUGGUUACGUUUGCUUGAAAAACAUGGCCGCCAAGGGGCGGGGCAUUUUUCCUUAUAUGGCUAUAUAAGGCUAUAGUAAAAUCUUGUUAACACUCUAGAGGCCACUUUUAUAGUCUGAUCUUCAUGAAACUCAGUCAGAAGAUUCAUCCCAAUAAUAUCUUGGACGAGUUAAAAAAUGAUGCCCGUUGGUUGAAAAACAUGGCCACCACGUGGGCUGAGCUAUUUUCCUUAUAUGGCUAUAGUAAAACCUUGUUAACGCUCUAGAGGUCACAUUUAUUUUCCGAUCAUCAUGAAACUUGGUCAGAAGCUUUUUCCCAACGAUAUCUUGGAUGGGUUCGAAAAUGGUUAUGGUUGCUUUAAAAACAUUGCCACCUGGGGCGGGGCAUUUUUCCUUUUAUGGCUAUAUAUAUAUUGCUAUAGUAAAACCUUCUUAACACUCUAUAGGCCACAUUUAUUGUCCAAUCUUCAUGAAAUUUGGUCAGAAGAUUGGUCUCAAUGAUAUCUUGGAUGAGUUAGAAAAUAAUUAUGUUGCUUGAAAAAAAUGGCUUCCAAGGGGCGGGGCAUUUUUUCUUAUAUGGCUAUAGUAAAAUCUUGUUAACAUUCUAGAGGCCACAAUUACUGUCCGAUCUUCAUGAAACUUGGUCAGAAGAUUCAUCCCAACAAUCUCUUGGACGAGUUAAAAAAUGAUGCCGGUUUGUUGAAAAACAUGGCUGGCAGGGGGCGGGGCAUUUUUCCUUAUAUGGCUAUAGUAUAACCUUGUUAACACUCUAGAGGCCACAUUUAUUUUCCGAUCUUAAUGAAACUUGGUCAGUAGAUUUGUCCCAAUAAUAUAAUCUUGUUAUCUCAGGUGAGCAACUUUGGGCUUUUCAGGCCCUCUUGUUAAAAUGAGUGAUAAAUUGACAUAAUUUUUGUUGUUUCAAUUUUGUGUCUUUUCUUAUUUUCGAUAUUUUAUAUAUAUUUAACUUAUACAUGAAGUUUUAAAUGCUUAAUUAUUGCCUUAUAGCAAUAAUAUUUUAACAUGUGUAAAUAAUGUGUUAAUAGUUUAAUUUUUGAUAUUUUAUAUAAAUUGAACUUAUACAUUAAGUUUUAAAUGCUCGUAUGUAUAAAAUGCGUUUUUUAGAACAGUAUAAUGCUAUUAGUGUUUAGUUGCUCGAUAGAGCAAUAAUAUAUUAUCUUGUGUAAAUUAUGUGUUUAUAGUUCAACAGCAUGUAUUUCUUUGUUAAAGAAGAGUACAAUACUUGUGUCAUAAAAGAUUUUAUUUGUU